AUGGGCGUAGUUGUAAUCAUUCCAGAAUCUCUGAUAAAGACCAUACUCCUCGAGGAUGGAGAAGAUAUCAUGACGGACGACGGUGAUGGUUCUGAAACGAAUAUGAAUAUUCAUCAUAACCCAGCACUGACGACCCGACGGGCGGAAACUUCCAGUGUUACAGACUCGGUAGAGCUCCUCAUUGAACGGCGUCCGCUCUUGUUCAAUCCUCCUCAUCCUGAUGACACUGUGGAUGGAAAGAACUAUGAUGAGUACGACUUUGAAGAGGGGGGUUCUGAUUACGAUGAGAACGAUGACGAUGAUUAUUUUGAUGACUAUUCCGACACGGAGUAUAACAUGCCACUGAAUGAUAGCUUCGAGCAAGAACAGGAGGGCAGAACCACCACUGCAUCCAGAACGACAGACCCCAGCAUAAUACGAAGACAGUCAUCAUCGAUUGCUUCAUCGGAACUAUUGCUGGAUGCAGAAGGGAGAUUUCAUGAUGGCGAGACCCCAAGUCGUGGUAUUGACUUUGGAGACGACUAUCCAUUGGACGAUGACGACCAAGAUUCCAUCGAAUUUCCUUCGUUCCGAAAUUCUCAGCCAGUUCCUCGGACCGUAAUUCUCCCAGGAGGUACUACCGGCACUCGGAUAGGAACUACAAUGUAG